UUGAUAUUGUGCUUGUCACAACAUCUUUUAACUGAACUUUUCAAAGUUUGUCUUGAUAAUUGCUUUAUUUGUUUAGCUGUGAUACUUGCCUCUUAUUCCAAUGUUAUUAAAUAGAUGUUUUUAAAUUAUUUUGGAUCGUCGAGUUGAUUUAUAAUUUUUACUAUAUGUACAUUGGCUAAGCCUUUUCACCGAUAUGAAACUUGAUCCAGAUAAGCCUUUUUUUGAUAAGUUAAAGGAAGGUGUUGAGUAUAUUGAAACUAGUGUACGUUCUUUGAAACAAGAAUUAGAUAAUGGAUUUCCUUCCUUAGAUGGACCGUUAACUGACCAAGACAUUGAUAAAAUUAACCAAUUUGAUGACUCUGUGAAAAAUACUUUUGCUGAUGUGUCUAUCUUGUUCAACCAGUUGAUGAAACAUCCAUUCAACUUGGACGAUUUGGAUAGAAACGUUGAAGAUCUUAAAACAAAACUGAUCCAAUUUGAGAAUAAUUCUGGAUUCAAAGAGUUUGGCUACAAACCGUUUGUCUAUGCUUCACCUGAGAAAAGGAAGGCAACCCCUCAAUUAGUGAAUGGUGAUAUUGACGAAACUGUUAAACCAACCCUUUCUAACCUAUUAAAAGACAAAGAGGUUGAUAAAUCAAAAUUGUUGAGGUCAACUUUUAAAGUGACUGGUCGUAAAAAUGUUGAUAAUAAACGCAAAAGUAUCAUUGAAGCUACUAAAAACCCAACCACCCACGCAAAUUUAGGUUCAAAUCUGUCGACUCAAGAUGUAAAACGAUAUCCCAUGAUGCCUCCUUCAUUUUUAGCCUCACCCAAUGAUAGAGAAGAUUCUCAAGAUGGUGUAUCUAUCAAAUAUAUAACUGGAUGCAAAGCAGCUAAUGGACUCAAUGAUUUGACAGCAAGUUUUACCAGCAGUGUUGCCGAUUCUACAGCACCUAACAAUAGAUAUGAUGCUUCAACGGUUCUUGUUGAGUUUACCCCUGGAUUAACCACCACUAGACCUGUUUCUAAAGGAAAACCUAGAAACAAUUUGAGACCGCCUUUAGAUUAUCGUCCGGGAAAAUUUUCAAAUCCACGUAAUAACUCAGAAGAUGUAAAAAAUGAAAGCACUCCACCUAACAACAGAACUUUUUUGAAAAAGAACCGGUCAGCCACCCCUGAAUCACCUGUCUUCCCUUGGUCUGCUGCAGCUAACAAGAUAAAAAACAGUCAUAAUACCUACCGAAUCAGCCCUGAACCCCGAGCAAAUUUAAGAUCUUUGGAAAAAUCAACGCCGGAAGAACCUAAACCACCAUCAGGAACAUCAGCAAUCAAAAAAUCUUUACCUGGAACACCAGAAAUGCCUUCUAUUAGUAUUGAUACAACUUUACACCAGAAAAUAUUAACAAAAGCCAAAACUCUUCGAGAUAACGUGUUUUGAAAGUUUGAAGACGCACAAAUCCCAGAUUCAUCUCUAAUAAAAUGUUGUUUUUUAUCACCAAAGAUUAAUAUUAUUUUAACGUAUUUAAUACACUCAGCUUGUGAAUUAUCAACUCAUCUUUUCAUUGUUUAUACUCUUUGAUUUUAUUAAACGUAUUGUUUUUCAUUCU